CUGUCAUUUUCGCCAUCUCCCUUCCUUCUCUCCUAUAUAAGCAUAUCCAUCCGCAAUGCAUCAGAAAAACGCACCCCCACCAACGAUAUCCAACAUGGUCACCAAGUCCAGUCCUCUCUUCUGCUUGGCCUGCUUUCUUUUGCUGUUGAUUACUCCGUUCCCAGAAGCAAGAGCUCAAGACAAUUCUUGCCUCAACCAGCUCUCCCCUUGCCUCAAUUACCUCAAUGGCAACAGAGAACCUCCUGAUAGCUGCUGCGAUCCUCUCAAAUCUGUGAUCCGAUCAGACCCACAAUGCCUUUGCAGCCUUGUGAGCAAUAAAGGAACGAGACAGGCUGAGCAGGCUGGCAUUAAUAUUACUGAGGCUCAGACCUUGCCUGGGAGAUGUGGCCAACGUGUUAAUCCUUUGUCCUGCCUCUCAUCAAGUUCUCCUGGUUCCCAUAAUACUGCUCAGAACUCAGCAGCUAAGAUAGUGGACCUCUCUCAAGGGGUUACGAUGAUCUUGGUUUUGUUAAUUACUGCUCAGAUGCUGUGGGUGUAGGCUGGAGAUUGCUGCUGGAAUUUGAGAGUUUUUCUAUUGUCUUUUUCCUGAUCGUGAAUUGAUACCUGGCUUGAGAACUUGAGAUGUGAUGUAACUAGUUUGCUCUAGGAAAAAUAAAAAAAUAAAUAAAAAUACUAUGCUUCAUUUUUCA